UUUGUUCUCCGUUCGUUCGUUAUGUAAGUCGUACACUAUGGAUAUUGCAGAAGAAGGUUCACCCAAAUAUUGGAUCGUAAAGUUUCCAGAAGAACGAAAUUCUAUUGCCAUCGUACAUGCUACCUGGAUGCAGAAUGGCAAAUGUGCUUGGCCUAAUGAGAAGGACCCAAGACGUCUGCAGCAAAUAACUAUGAAAGGCCUGAAGCCACAGAGCAGCUGGUUGACGUAUGACUGCACUCGGGUUUUUGCUUUUGACACAUAUGAUGCCGCAAGAAGAAAGCUGGCACAAGCAGAGGAUACGUCAGACCUGUGUAGCGAGAACGAAUUAGAUGAACUGAGCAACAGCUCUGGGGAUGAAGUCUGUACGCCAACACCACGUUCACUUCCAACGCCACCACAGAGACCACCAACACCACCUCGCUCUGCAUUCUUUGCUACAAGCUCCAAAGGACCUGCGCAUGGAAGUGGGAAUUUCAGCGGACACACUGCGACCCCUGGCAGCACCUACGGCAAUGACGGUGCAUUUCCGUCACAGAGUACAAGUCUUCAGAUGCACGGUAUGUAUCCACAGAUGGGCCCAAGUGCUACAAAGGUGACAACAAACCACCAGUAUGUCCCACGUCAGGGAAGGCUGUACCAGGAUUUGCAAGAGCGGCGACAUCGCAGAUGUGAAGUAGCACAGCAACAGCCCGCAUCACGAAAUGUGCACCCAUCCUCCGCUGCUUGCAGUUUUUCACAUCAGAGUUUUGCAGCACAUGAAAUCCAGCAGGUAGAGCCCUUAGUGCAAGUACGACAGCUGGCUCAAACUCCUCAGUCAGGCAAUCAUUAUGGUGAAACACAACAUAUGCCACAGCUGUCACCUGCAGAAAUAAGGCACCCACCUUCUAACGAUGAAUUACUACACCAGAGUUUUGCUAGCCGACAAGACGCUUCCAGUGCAGUCCAAGAGCAAACACCUGUCCGCAGAACUAGCCAUGGAAGUGAUGGAACUCAUUAUGGAUUCUAUCAAGAAAUAUUAAAGCUCCUACACACGAUGAGGCUUACGUUGCAGUCGCACACUGAGCACCUGCUGAUGGUCCUUGAGAAGCUUAGUAGCAGGACUGAUACCACUGAAAUGGUGCAACCUGACAUCAUUGACGAGCCUUUCAAAACAACGGAAGCGUUCUUACGUUUUGAGGAGCAACUGAAAGAAAGCUCUGAGAAGAGGAAUCGGCUAAAACUAUUCAUGAAGUUUGUCGGUGGUGCCACUGUGGGGGAGCGUACGUUUAGAAUUUUGUCACGACUGCUGUCCCCUGCCGUCGGUAAGGAGUUCAGCCUUCAUGGAACAAAAGGAAAGCUGAAGUUCAGUGACCUACAAACCUGGAGGGUGUUGUGCUAUUCCUUGGCACCUGAAGACCAAGCAAAGGUUUCAAGCAAGGGAACCCUUAAAGAAAUCGAGAAGGCUACACAGUCAUGGCUGCGUCAUGCACCAGAGUCUCACAGAAGGCAGCAGGCAAGACAAGCGGCGGAAAACGCAGAUAGCUUGUGA